AUGGAUUCUAUUGUCUCUAAAGUGCGUGUCGAGCUAGGUAACCUAGCUGCAACUUAUGCAGCUAACAAGCACGAAAAUGUUACAUUGAGUCUCACUUCUGACUUCCAACGAGCCUUAUUCUUUAUUCUUGAUAAGCGCAUUCGGAUUAAGGACCUUGAACAGUCUAAGGAGCUUAGAGAAAAAAUGGUCCAGCUGUUUGAGGAUGAGUACUCAACAGAACCUGCAUGGCUAUAUCUUAACCAAUUCAAGAAGCAGUAUAGGUGUCUCGCUAAGCUAGACUGUUUAUCUAAGGAUGAAGCAGCGCUCUAUAAGUAUUCCCCUUGCCAGGAACACUUCAUGUGCGAGGAUCAUAAGUCAAGUCCUUGCAUUGCAAAACACGAGAAUAUAGUAGGCCAGAGAUACCAGGCCAAGAAUGAUACGAAGAACGGGGGAAAGAUUGCUGUGGAUGUAGAGAAUGCAAACAUGGAGCGCUUGAUUGGAGAGGAAAUAGGCAAAAACAUGGCUGGGAAUGAGGAAUUAGGCAAAAAUGAUGUCGAAAGAAGCUUUUUAGCGACUGGAGACUUGAACAAAGAGAAACAACUGAAACCUGUAGCGAGAGAAACUAUAGGCAUGGCAGAGUCGUCUAAAGAUGUUCAAUGCCCUUGGGCAGACUACUAUAACUACGAUAUAGGCAGUUUAUCUAGCGAAGAAAGUGAAUGGGAUGAUGAUGUAACGUCCGUCCCUGUGGGUCGAACAUCCCUCCACAACGAACCACCAACAUUGCUCAAGGACGUUACGCCCAAGCCACAGAUACUUUCAGAUUUAAGUACUCAUUCAUAUGCUCUUUAG